ACACGAGUGGCGGUGUUUUGGAGUGUGAGUUCGGCGUUAGGCAUGGCUGCCCACGGUAACAACUUCAUCCGCGUGCGCUUACACUUUGACUACCCGCCGCCGGCCGUCGUUGACUGCCGUAUGUGCUGGCUGCUCGUGGACCUGAACACGUGUCGCGUGGUGGCGGACCUGGAGAGCGUCAUCAGAGAUAAGUUUGAGUUUGGCCGCGGAAGCAUCCUCAGCCUCUUCGUGGAAGACUGCUACCUGCCGCACACGGAGAGCGUGUACGUGGUGCGGGACAACGACAGCGUCAGGGUGAAGGUGGGCUGUCUGGCCCAGGUGAACGGGCACAGCGGCGGUCCAGAUGCUUCCAGUGAAAACAGCAGAAAGAGAGAGAGACCCGCAGAGGAGGACGGGCCGGGAGAAAAUGUAGUGAUCAAAAAAAAGAGGAAAAAGAGAAGCGUGGAGAGUGUAGAGACGGUGGGGAGGGAUACCAGUCAGGCUUCAGCUGAUGAGAGGAAUAAGAAAACACAAGGAAAGAAGAAGAAGAAGAAAAGAAAGAAGGCAGAGGAAAAAGGCCCGACUGUCAUCCCCAAACCAGCUGCUUCAACCAAGAAAAGCCCAAUUAAAAUCCCCAAGAAGCCCCCAGUGGCACAGUCAAAACCACAGAAGGUCUCCUCUUCAGAUUCCAGUAGCGAGGAGGACAAAGCUCCCAAAAGGCCAGCUGCCCAAAAACCAGCACCCAAAACGCCCUCCUCCGCCCCCGCUGUCUCCAAGACGCCUCCGACCACCAAACCCACCCAGACAAAGUCCCGCCCUCCUUCAUCAUCCUCCUCUGAAACCUCCGACGACGAGGCCACCGUUGUAAAAAGCCCGCCAAAAACCACCUCCACAACCCCCAAAGGGAGUAAAAACUCCAAAUCUCAGCAGGCUAGUCCAGCCCUGCGGUCCGCAAACGGCGCUCAGAGACAAGCCGCGAGCGUAGCGGCGCCCCCUCGCGUUGACUCGGACAGCGAGGAGGAGAUCAAGCCGGGCCUCGGCGCGGGCCGCGGCCAGCCGGGCCUCGGCGCGGGCCGCGGUCAGCCGCCUUGGAUGGGCCGUGGCCGAGGACAGGGUGCGCGCGGAGAGGAAGGGGGACGGGGGCGCGGCAGUGGGGCUGUCAGAGGGCGCAGCGGCAGCAGCUUUGGGUUCAGCUACGACACAGCCGAAGAGCCGUCCUGCCGGACCGAUCAGCUGACCAACUUGUCCGUGGUCCUCCAGAACGGAGCAGAAGAUGCCCCCAAACCGGACUACAGCUCCAUGCCCCUGCUAGCCGCCCCUCCACAGGUGGGGCAGAAGAUUGCCUUCAAGUUACUGGAGCUAAGUGAGAACUAUACACCAGAGGUAUCCGAAUAUAAGGAGGGGAAGAUCGUGAGCCUUGACCUCACCACCAAACAGAUUGAGCUGGAACUACUGAACAGCUCUCCAGCUCCUGUAAAACCUGGCAAGUUCGACCUGGUCUAUGAGAACCCGGAUGGCUCGGUGAGAGUGGAGAGCGUGGAUUACGCAAUUUGCAGAGACUCUCGGGUGACAGAACGGUGGGACUCCCUGCUGGAACCAAGGCUGAUCGUUUAAAUGGAGCCAAGCAGUGAUUUUGUACAUCCCCUAACCUUAAGUUAAACUAGGGAGUCACUUCUGUACAUUACAUAUGACAGCAAAGGGAUGUGAUUAUGGUUGUUUAUGUCUCUCUUCUCUGUACUUCAAAAUAUAUCAUCACUUUACACAGAAGAGCUACUGCAGCUGAAAGUAUUGACAAAUGUAAUAAUUGUUGCAUUUUAAUAUGAAAUGCUGUAUGCUCUUAAAUAUGUAGAUUGAAUGUGUGAUCGCUUCCAGGACUGACGCAUAAUGGUUUUAUGUUUUGUAAAGUGAUGUGACUGUGAUAUCAGUCUUGUAUAAACUUUUUUUUUUUUUUUUUUUUUUUUUUAAAUAAAACACUUAAGGUGCAUA